AGAAAAUGAUCCAAAUAUUUAACCUGAAGAGAAAAGAGAAGAAGAAACGCAAAAAAAAAGUACUGAAGGUCGAUUAUUGAAGAAACGAAAUUAUCAUUCAUAAAUCAAAAAUAUGAACGUACACGAAAGGAAAAAGGCAAAAGAGAUGAAGAACUCCAUUGAUGCUUACGUGCAUUAUCCAUAUUCUAGGACGAAAAAGAAAAACUCAGGUGUGAUGUUAUGGUGGAUGACAUUUCUUUCCGUCCUUUCAUUAUCUAUCACAUCGGUUGAAAGUUUGGCAGCAGCAAGAAACCUUCCGCCCAUGGCAAAUGCUAACGUUAAGGGAUCAAACUCUGGACUCAAAUUACUGGUUCAAGGAAAAUAUGUAGUGAUGGAAAACAGUUUUGUUCGAGUUAACCUAUCCAACCCCGAUGGUCUAGUAACUGCUGUACAGUACCACGGAAUCGAUGCUAACUUACUCGAGGUUCGCGAUACUGAAGACAGCAGAGGGUACUGGGAUGUUGUGUGGGGAGAACCAGGACAUAAAGAUUAUUUUGAUAAGUUGAAAGCAACAACUUUUAAGGUUAUAGUACAAAACCAGAACCAAAUUGAAGUUUCUUUUUCAUGGAAAUGGGAUAUUUCUCUUAAAGGAAAACUCGCUCCUAUGAAUUUGGACAAAAGGUACAUUAUGCUAAAAGAUUCCUCCGGUUUCUAUACAUACGGCAUUUUUGAUCACCCUAAAGGAUUCCCAGAAUUUAGCCUUGCCGAAGCCAGGGUUGCUUUCAAGCUCAGCUCAGCCAUGUUCCACCACAUGACCGUAUCAGAUACAAUGCAAAGAGAGAUGCCCGCAUAUGAGGAUCGUCAAAAAGGUCAACCUUUGGCCUAUCCUGAAGCAGUUCUGUUGACAGAUCCAAUCAAUCCAGUUCAUAAAGGAGAGGUAGAUGAUAAGUACAUGUAUUCAGUCGAGAACAAAGAUACUGGGGUACAUGGAUGGAUUAGUGCGAAUCCACGUGUAGGAUUUUGGAUUAUAACAGCCAGCAAUGAGUUCCUUGUUGGAGGCCCUCACAAACAGGACCUCACCUCCCAUGCAGGCCCUAUAAGUCUCUCUAUAUUCUUUAGUAGCCAUUACGCUGGAGAUGAGCUAUCUCCAAAAUUCGGAAAUGGAGAACCGUGGAAAAAAGUAUUCGGUCCUGUUUUCGUGUAUCUUAACUCAGCUCCCCCAGCAGAAAAAGAUCUCUAUUCAGCACUCUGGAAGGAUGCGAAAACUCAGUUGGCCAAGGAAGUCAGCAGUUGGCCUUACAGUUUCCCUGCUUCGGUUGACUUUCCUGCUGCAGAUCAACGGGGUACUGUUACAGGCAGCUUGUCAGUUCGGGAUAGGUACAUUAAUCGGCUUGACAUUCCCGGUAGUUCUGCUUAUGUUGGUUUGGCUCCCCCAGGAGAAGCUGGAUCUUGGCAAAGAGAAUGCAAGGGCUAUCAGUUUUGGACUAAAGCCAACGCGGAUGGGUCAUUUUCGAUUCCAAAUGUUCGUGCCGGAGAAUAUAAUCUUUUUGCAUGGGUUCCUGGUUUUGUUGGAGAUUUUAAGCACAACACUAUCAUUAUGAUAUCCCCAGGAUCUAAUCAGAAUGUGGGUAAGCUUGUUUAUGAACCUCCAAGAGAUGGUCCUACAUUGUGGGAGAUAGGAGUUGCAGAUCGAUCAGCAGCAGAAUUCCGAGUCCCUGAACCUAAUAAAAACCUCAUGAACAGACUGUAUGUUGAUCGUGGGGACUGGUUCCGACAGUAUGGAACGUGGGAGCAAUACUCACAAAUGUAUCCAAUUACAGAUCUCGUCUUCACAAUUGGUGUUAACCAGCACCAGAGAGAUUGGUUCUAUGCACACGUACCAAGGAAACUAGGUAACAAAUAUAUCCCCACAACAUGGAGCAUUGUAUUCAAAAUCGACCAAGUCUUGCCAUCCGGAACUUAUAAACUUCGAAUAGCAAUUGCGUCUGCUACUUACGCUGAAUUACAGGUUCGGGUCAACGACGAGAAAGCAGUAAGGCCUCUCUUCACAACCAGAACUAUAGGAAAAGACAAUGCAAUUGCAAGACACGGAAUCCACGGAUUGUACUGGUUAUAUACAAUUAAUGUACCAGGAAACCUACUUCACCCAGGCAAAAACACAAUAUUCCUGACACAAACAAGAACUUCAAUGCCAUUCAAUGGUUUCAUGUAUGAUUACAUUCGCCUGGAAGGACCUCCAACCAAUGUUGCAUAGAAGAUAUACCAUAUCCAGUUAUCACACACCACAGUAGUCAUAGGAUCUUUUCAGAGUAUUACAAGUAUUUGUUGAUCCAGCUGCGACGAUGCUCAAGGGGAGUUUUAAACCUGGAAGCAUUAGGUUGUCAUAAGCACUACUCUUUUUGUAAUAGUGAGAAACGUUACGUAGUACACAUGUAAGAUUCAAACCGAGGCUGACUUGGUCUAUACGGUGGGUAGAAAUGAAUCUCCCCGAUACCGAGUCUGGCCACUGGUUAGUUUUUAUAUAUUUAUACAUGUUCUUUAAAAAAUUGUCA